GCCCAGGAUAUAGUAUUAUUCGGGGAUUCGGGUAAGGGACUCGGGGCAGCAACGGGGACUAGAAUGGAAGAGGAAUCCUCAGAUAGGAGCCUGGACUCGCUGGCCAGCACCACAGCAAGCGACGUGCUCAUCCGCUCCACCAGCGUCCACAGAGCGGGGGCGCAGUCCAGGGGAGCUGCGGGCAGCCCUGGCCAACUCUUCGGUUCAGGAGCUGAUGGAGGGGGGCAGGAUGCACCGACCCGACUCACGGACAGGGAGAGCCAGGGGACUGGUACGCUCGGUGGAGCGCUGAUGGGUGGUGGACAGAAGGAGCACAGACAGACAGGUGUGCCUGUAGGAAGACACCUGCGAGGUGAGACUGCGCAGUCUAGCAUGUCCACGGCGACGCGCAGACCCUCUGAGAAUACCAUACCCCGAGGAUCGCAGGAUUCUUGCCUCGGCGGUAACGUCGUCCAGAUCUCGCUUAAGAGACUGCGUGAGGUGGCGGCUCCCUUCCAAGACUUUGCAUUCAGGAGACAAGAUGCUUCUUACGUUCCUCCGGCUUUACCGGCCAUCAAGUAUCCCGCCGUCACUUAUAACAUGGAAGAUGCUGAAAAUGUUACUGUUACGAAGAGAAAUUCCGUAAGAAAAUCAUCACCGCCAAAGGUUUGCGUCACAAAGCAUGCUCAAAACGAGCCGCACGUUAACACCGCCGCGACGGAAGUGAAAGAGGGUAGCAAGUGGAAGAGUAAAGAUGUCCAAAUCUUACAGUUUCCUUCGGGUCAAAAAGAAAAUUUUCUGAAUGCUUUAAACAAAAGAGCACAAAGUGCCCCUUCAUGUAAAGAAGUCCGAGUAAAGUUGCUUGAAGAUGUAGCCGCGCGUAAAGCGCCAUGUGCUCGGGAUACAAGACCAAACCGCUGUGAAGUAGAUUGUGCCAAGACAAUUGCAGCUGCUACUGCUGCCGCCAUAGCUGCCACCGCGCCUGUGCUAAAGGCUCAAAGCGAUAUGGAGACCCAAGCGAACUCUGUAUCCCAGCUGCUCAACAAGCUCCAGGAGGCAGAUAGGCAGCUGCAGAGGCUCACCGAGCAGCAAAGCACGAUCCAAAGUCAACCGCUAGAACGGUUAUAUCAUCAUGACAGAGUGAGAGAGCUGGAAAGCCAGCUGACCAAACUCACAGAACAGCGGCUCCAGCAUCUGGAAAAACUACAGCAACAACAAGUUGAAAUGCAGUCCCAUUUUAUGAGCUCUGCUUGGAAGGACUGCUUGUGCCAACACAAAACUACAAACCCCGGAUCCAGCCAUGUUUCCAGAGCCGCUCCAGAACAUUUGCCUCUCCAUCAACCCGCGAAGCCUGCUCCUCCAAGCCUCAUCGAGCAAGGUGUUAACUUGCCCCCGGCCAAAGAUAUUUGCAAUCACAAUGAGGUAUCCCCAUUAGAAACUCCAGCACCACGCAAGUGUGCUCCUGUGCCGAUUGCCAAAGAAGCACUGGUUCCACAGAAGAAAUCUCUUGAAAAAGAAAACGUGGAGAGUUCUAAAGAGCUGGCAAGUUUGGGACAAGUACAUUUUCUACAGCAAAUCCUCAAUGAUGGCCAAUCAUCCUCAUUCUCCAAACCACCUAGUAAUGGACAUAACCCUGCAAGCCAGUGGCAUCGUGGGAACGACAGUUACAUCCAGGUCACACCUGACCCAGUCGCCUCCAAUACAAGCGUCUGUCGUCACUCAGACCAACCCCGAGAUGCUGCCGCGCAAAAAGCUAAUGAGGUUUUACAUGAUUUGAGCGCAUUGAAAAGGGAAAUGCGUAGCGUGAUGCAGCCUAGACCAGUGUCUAGCUCUUCCUACCAAUCCAGAGUCUCAGAGAAACCUCAGCCAUCUUUGCCAAAGGCUGCCACACCUCCGAGAUCAAGAUUUAAAGAAGCAAAACGGAUCUUACGGGAAGUGCAGAAUAAUGAGAAAGUCUUUGAAGAGAAUUUGGAAGCGAUUGCCCGAGCCAAAGAUGGUACUGAGGUGUACUCCCUUAUCAGUGCUAUGACUACAGACAGCAAUGUUGCAGAGCAGAUGCGCAUUCGGAAGGCUGUUGAUGAGUGGAUUGUACAAAUCAGCUCAGAGAUUCAGGAUGAACUGUCUGCCAAGGAUUCCAGAAAAAAAAUGUCGGAUAAGAGAGAGAGUGUGUCGACACAGAAAAGAAAAGCGGUGGCAGAUGAAAUGAAGAAUAUUCGAGAGCGGAACAUCAAAGCUCCAGGAAAGAAUACAUCAAAGUGUACGAAGCUUCCAUCCAGGGCUCCAGCCAAGACUUACUCUAAGCAAAGCACGGACAGGAUCUCAGGAGAGAGUCCGAGCAAAGAAGUGGUUUUCCAAACUUUGCAGAAGAAAGAUGAAAGGUCAAAGGAGCCUGAUGAUUCUGCUCCACUGGAUGAAGAUACUAUAAGCAGAAUCUAUGGGAGACCCAUUUACCAAGGGCACCGCAGAACUUUGAAGAAAGCACCCUACCUUCGAUUCAGCUCCCCUUCCCCCAAAUCCAAACCCCAAAGGCCCAAAAUCCUGGAGAUUGUAAAGGGAGUGAAAGUGAAGUCCGCAAAAGUCCAGACAAGCAGAACUGAGUACAAGAUGGAUGUAACCAAGCCAAAAGCACGGGAAUUGUUUGCACCAAAGCAUAUAGAGCCUCAAUAUGUGUUCAUCCCCGCAAGUGAGACGACCAGGACGGCUGAUCCACUUGAAGGACAUCUCUUCCCCAUGGCUAUUCCUCUAGGGAGAACACAAUCAAGCGUGACCGUACCAAUGCCCUUGUCUGUAAUCAUUACUGAGCCUCAACCAGUAACGGUAAAUGUAUCCGUUCCACCGUCCUCACCCAAACCACGGCCGAAAUCGGUGAAACCAAACAUAGCGGUGGUGGAGAUUAGAUCAGAAAAGAAGGAUCCCCCACAGCUUACUGUUCAGACGUUGCCCUGUGUUGAUAUAGACAGCGUAGUGAGUGAAAGCAUGGACGCGAGCCAAAGCCUCCCAAGCGCAGAAGCAGCAUCUAUCCCUUCGAGUCCUGAUAUACAGCUACCUGCUCGUGUUGAAUCUGAAGAAGAGGUCCUCGCAUUUCCCGGAAGCUCAUUUGUUGAGGUUACAGAUAUCAUCCAGGAAGAAGAAGACGAGGCAGACAGAUCUGCCGAGCCGCUGCUGGAGCUGAAUGGUUGGACGAGACCCGUUUCUCAGUAUAAUGGAAUACCUUUCCCACCUCCUGCCCCUGCACCGCAAGUCACUACGGAUAUUCUAGAUGAGAUUAUCAGCAGGAGGGAGACCUUGGAAAACAGAUUAGUCAACUGGGUUGAACUAGAAUUAAUGGCUCGAAUCAUCAAUGAAAUGCACCCACUGAGAGCACAAGCUGUCCCUGAUGUUGGCGUGUCCAGCAGUGAAGAGAGUGGAACUGUGGCUUCGGAUAUAGUUGAAACUGCUGGAGGGGAAGGCUUGCAGCUGUUUGUUGACGCUGGAGUGCCGGUGGAUUCAAGCUUAAUUCGCAACUUUGUGGAAGAAGCCCUGGCAGACAUUAUUGCUAAUAUUCUCAGGGAAAGAGAAGAGCGGCCUAAACCCAUCCUUCCCCCAGAGGAACCUACUUUCAAGGUUCCCGCUGAGAUCCCGUGUGUUCCUACUCCUCCGUGCGCACCUCCAUCGUCUCCACCACCUCCUGCAGAAGAUACGUCCAUAGUGAAGACCCCAGACCCGUCUCCACAGACUUCGGUAGCAGAGCCCGAAUCUCACCCCGAAUCCCCUGUAGAUGAAGGGCCGCAAGUCCCAACAAGUCCAGUCAGAGCACCCUCUAUUACACCGGUGGCAUCGCCCCCCAGGGUGGCAACUCCAAGCCCUCCUAUAUCUGAAGAAAUUGAAAACCAAGCGGAUGCACGCAGCACCAUGCACCCCCAUCCAUGGAGCAGCUCCGAGCUGCCUUUGGAGGAGGAGAACCCACAUUCUUUGAAGGAGGACACUCCGUUGAAGGAUGCUGUUGUGAUGACGGUGGAGAGAGAUGAAGAGUCACAGAGUUUGAUUUCUCCAGCGUCUCCUGAACUAGACCGCUCUUCAUUAUCUCCCCCUCCUGGAUCCCUCUCAAGAGUCCCUUCGCCUGUCCCUUCGCCUGUCCCUUCGCCUGUCCCUUCGCCUGUCCCUUCGCCUGUCCCUUCGCCUGUCCCUUCGCCUGUCCCUUCGCCUGUCCCUUCGCCUGUCCCUUCGCCUGUCCCUUCGCCUGUGUCUUCCCCAAGCUCGGCUCCAUCAUCAGAAGAAAGCAGCACCACCGUCACAGAUGCCAACAACUCUGACAGACCCAUCUCGGAAGGGGAGAUUUUGUAUAGUUACGGGCAGAUAGUUGCUGCAAGAGCGCUGGCGGAGGGAGGUUGCCUUAACCUCGCAGAGAGCCUGUCAAGCACUCUUAAGGAUGCCCAGGAUAUGGAAUACGAUCCCCCCAGCGAAGGGCAAGUAAUCCGCGGGUCCACCAGAGGAGCUCACAGAGAUCCUAUGUUAUCACUCUUAGCCCAGUUAAAUCAAGACCCUGUUAUACCACACGAAGCCUUUUACCGCCACGAGAGCUCUGAAGAAGAAAACAGCAUGGGGGAGAUUAGUGAAGGUCAGAGACCCCGUUUAACCUCAGCAGCAGAGCAAGUCCUUGUUGGACAUUCUGCGCUGAUGAGAAGACAAACUAAUGCUGGCCAGACUGCUGGUCUUGUUAACAAGCGUCCGUCAGGGCCGUACGAGACAGAAGCGGAGCCGACCAAUGGAGGUUUUGAUAAUAUUAGUUCUGGUCCAAUGAGCAUUGGGGAAUUAGAGUCCCGUUUGGCGUCAGCGCAACGUCCGGUCCACAGGCCAUCAGAGGAGAACGGUAUCGUGCAGGUUCCUUUGUUGCCUAUUAAGGAGCAUCAGCCAGCCCGUACCCGAUUCAUCCAAGUUGGGGUAAAGUCUGGAGAUGAUCCUCACCAAGACGCCCAGGAGGAUUUGGACCGAACGCUAGUUGAACCCGGUGCGUAUCUCGACUCGCAGCUCUCCGACACAGCGGAAGCUCCAAGGAAGAUGUCUUUAACCGUACCCUCCAUGAAUGAAGCCGACUACAAUGAGGACAUAAAAACUGCCACCGAGUCAGAUUCAUCAGGAGCCGACACGUUCUGAUAGAAUCACCUACAGCAGUUUAAUACUAGAAUAAAUUCCUAAAGUCUAAUAGUCUUGUUUUUCAUUGGUUGUAUUGUUUGCAACUGUAAAAUAUUUUGUUACGUUUUGAUAUGUUUUUUAAUUUCUCUUUUGUAUUCACCAAAGGGAUUGCCUUAUGUUAACAGAUGCUCUCGCAAUCCAUUGUAUCUGGCUAAUACAAAGUGAAAACAUAGUUGAAAAGAAGAAUAAAAACCCGAAUUUACAUGAGUUCCUCGCUCGUGGUGCUACCUUGUGAUUAAGAAAUUGUGUUUCUGGCACAUCUAUAUUUUUCAGUUAGCAAUUCUUAUCUUUCCUGAUCUCUUUAGCAAAUGUUUCUACAGCCUUACCUUACUGUUUUGACAACCCAUACCACCCUGUGAUAGUUAAGGAAGCCUAAAUCUAUUGAUUGCUGGGUGUCUGUUAAUGACCCUUAGACUCCGAAAUGAGACAGCUUUUUUUUUUUUUUUUUAGAGAGCCGAUCAGGUGAUGUAUCUCAUAGACAAAGGGAGUACCAUUUACUGUUUCAUUGUAUUGUCAUCUUUUCCAUAUAAAACACUAAAA